AUGAAGCCUUCUCCGGCGGCUUCGUUCUUGUCGAUCUCUCUGCUCUCUCUGACGUCGUGCCGUGCCCAGGAGCUCCAGAAGCGCGCUCUCUUUGCGCCGCCCUCGUUGGACAAUGGCUGGACAUACCAGGGAUGCUACAUCGAUGUUGGGCGUACAAUUGGCAGCGCGUCCAUCACGGAUGAUGAAAUGACCAACCAGGAGUGCGCUACUUAUUGCUUUGAGCAUGGCUUCCCUUACGCCGGAACAGAGUACUUCACCCAAUGCUACUGCGGCUCUACCCUUGCAACGGGAGGUGUAAAUACUACUGCCACCGACUGCAAUGCCCCGUGCGGUGGUAACUCGACCGAGGCGUGUGGUGGUCCCGGCCGCCUUACUUUGUAUAAGACGACUCAAAUCACAGGUCCCCAGGUCAACCCAGGCCCCGAUGGAUGGUUAUCCAAGGGAUGCUAUUCUGAGGGCACCACUGGGCGAGCUUUGACGUUUGGUUAUGGUGGAGUUGCCAAUGCCCAGAUGACCGUGGCCGCCUGUACAUCAGGAUGUAAGGCUGCCGGGUAUACCUUUGCUGGUGUCGAGUACGGUGGAGAGUGCUAUUGCGGCAAGUCAAUCUCCAAUGGUGCGCUGCCGGCGACAAGCGGCUGCACAAUGACCUGCAACGGCAACCAGACCGAGUACUGUGGAGGACCCGGCCACCUCAACAUUUACGGCCUCAAUUCCGUCCGCGACGGAACUGGCACCACUUCUGCAGUCCAGCCCGCCCAGACUGGUGCCUGUCCUGGCCAGCCGGCUCUGAUAGGCAAAUACAACUGGUACGGCUGCUAUACCGAAGGAACAAACUCACGGGCCCUCGCUGCCAAGACGUAUGCGGAUGACGCCAUGACCUUGGAGAGCUGUGCGACCUUUUGUGUGGGCUACACAUACUUUGGAGUCGAGUACAGCCGAGAAUGCUACUGCGGCAACUCCUUUGGCGGCGGCUCCAAGCUCACCAAGGCAUCCGACUGUGGCAUGACUUGCAGCGGUCAAGACUGUGAAUAUUGUGGCGCCGGUAACCGAUUGUCUGUCUACUCGCUCAAUGCUCCCGGUACGGGUACCUCAUCGGGGCCCGCCGUCCCCCCCUCCACCACUUCAGCUACGACGCAGCCGACUGGAUUCCCUCAGGGAUGGCAGUCCUAUGGAUGUUACGUGGACGGAGUCAAUGGACGCAUUCUUAAUACCCAGCUCCCCGACGAUGCUGACCUGACCCUCGAGUCCUGUGUACAAUCCUGCGCCUCUCAGGGAUUUACCAUUGCCGGUGCUGAGUACUCCAAGCAGUGCUUCUGCGGUAACAAUAUCGUCAACGGCGGCGCUAAAGCUACCAACCAGGCCGACUGCAACACUCCUUGCGCCGGUGACGCUACCGAAAUCUGUGGCGGCGGCGGCAGAAUGAGCAUCAUUUCCAAGGGCGUCCCGGCCGUCCAGGCUCCUCCGGGACCUAUCCAGCAAGUCGGUAACUGGACCUACCAGGGCUGCUACGAAGACAAUGUCAACCAGAAGCGUACCUUCUUCUGGCAGAACAUCUUCGCCAACACCAUGACCCCUUCGCAGUGCCUUAACCAGUGUGCCGAAUUUGGUUACAUGGCUGCCGGCUUGGAGUAUGGUCAGGAGUGCUACUGCGGCGACCCAGAGAACAUCAAGACCUCUGGUGCUACGAAGAGGCCCGAGUCUGAGUGCGGCGUGCCCUGCCCGGGCAAUGCCAGCGCCAUCUGCGGUGGUGGUUCUCGCCUCAGCACCUACUUCUGGACCGGAGCACCCUUCUACUCUUGGAGCUUCCCUGCUGCUGGCACUGCCGCUGCCGGUUCCUACGAGCAGCUCAUCGGCGGUGUCUGCAUUCCCCUGAUGACCACCCAAUCCAUCACCGGCAAGGUCACCUUCCUUGAGAAAUGGGGCACUGGUGAGCCCAACUCUACGGGCGCCUAUGAGCUCGACCUGUCCCUCGUCAACCAGUACCAGCUUGCAUGGCGAGAGAUGCACGUCAAGACCGAUAUCUUCUGUGCUGGAGGUGUCACUCUUCCCGACAAGGCUGGCCGACAGCUUACUGUCGGAGGAUGGUCUGGUGAUUCCACCUAUGGUGUCCGCCUGUAUACCCCCAACGGCUCCCCUGGUGUCAACGGCACCAACGACUGGCAAGAGAACGUCGACAUUCUGAAGCUCCAAAACGGCCGCUGGUAUCCCACUGCCAUGAACAUGGCCAAUGGCUCCGUGCUCGUCAUCGGUGGUGAGACGGGAUCCAACAGUGCUCCCGUCCCGACCCUUGAGAUUCUCCCCUUUACUGGCACCGCACCUCUCUACAUGGAGUGGCUAGAGCGUACCGACCCCAACAACUUGUACCCCUUCUGCACUGUUCUUCCUUCUGGUGGCAUCUUUGUUGCCUACUGGAACGAGGCUCGCAUCUUGGAUGAGAACACUUUUGCCACCAUCAAGACUCUGCCCAACAUUCCUGGUUCAGUUAAUGAUCCUCUUGGUGGACGAACCUACCCCCUUGAGGGAACCGCUGUCUUGCUGCCCAUGCACGCCCCCUUUACUGAACCCCUCAACAUUCUCAUCUGCGGUGGUUCUACCGAGGGUGCCUCGAAUGCUAUAGAUAACUGCGUGAGCACCUACCCCGAUGCUGCAAACCCUACCUGGGCCCUUGAGCGCAUGCCUUCCCAGCGAGUCAUGCCCUGCAUCGCUCCUCUUCCCGAUGGCACAUACAUUAUCAUGAACGGUGCUCACCACGGUGUUGCUGGAUUCGGUCUUGCUAAUGACCCCAACCUGAACGCUCUUCUCUACGACCCUCAGAAGCCCCUCGGCUUCCGUAUUACUGUCAUGGCGAACACUACCGUCGCUCGUCUGUACCACUCUGAGGCCAUUACCCUCCUGGACGGCCGCGUGCUUGUCUCCGGCUCUGACCCGCAGGAUGAUGUCAACCCCGAGGAGUACCGUGUCGAGACCUUCACCCCUCCUUAUCUGAAGAGCGGCAAGCCUCGCCCAUCUUUCACCGUCACCAACAAGGACUGGGGCUACGGCAAGCCCAUUACCGUCACUCUUGGUGCCGCUGCUCGAAAUGGCCCUAUCCAGGCUUCUCUGCUUGGUGCUGUCACUAGCACUCACGGCAACUCCAUGGGAGCUCGCACUCUCUUCCCUGACGUGUCCUGCACUGGCACCACUUGCACUGUUACUUCUCCCCCAUCCAAGUACAUUGCUCCUCCCGGGUGGUACCAGUUCUACAUUCUGGACGGCGGUAUCCCUGCCGUUGGUGUAUACGUCCGCAUUGGCGGUGACCCGGCCCAGGUCGGUAACUGGCCCAAGGGUACUGGUUUCACCACUCCAGGUGUUUAG